AUGGAGGUCCUUAGAGUGGAGGAGCACUGAGAGGUUUGUUUGCCAAUCUUGGGAGAGAUUCUGGCUUGCCAAAGAGUGAGGCUGGUUUCACUUUCUUCUAGUUGAUUUGAACUGUGCAUCGGAGCUCGUUGUGAUGAAGUUUCAAUUGGGGGAUUUCAUUGACUGGAACGAAGAUAUGAAAGAGGGAGGGAGUAAAAUGGCGGACGAGGGAGGAGAUAUGCUAGAAACGAGGAGGAGGAGCGUCAGAAUAUGGGCAUUGGAGGAGGAAAAGAAGAAGAAGACGACGACAACGACGACGACGACGACGGUAGGGGAUAAACAGCAGAAGGCAAGCGUCACCAAUUCCAACCCUCUCUUGACUGCAGGGAACGAGACUGUGUCCGUUGCUGCAUUCAAAACCAACUCCAUAGCUGGAGUCCCGCAUUUUCAGCAUACUCAAGUGCAAGAAGAUCAGCACAAGGAGCAGCAGCAUGCUCGUCCCCCCACUUUCAAGCAGUACGACCGCAGGAGGGUGAAGCGCAAAAGACUUGAAGACGUAGUUGUUAGUUCUCCCGCUUACUUUUCUCCAGCACAGGAAGGAGAAAAUGAUCCAAAACAUGGAAGUACUUCAAUUCGAAAUGAUCAUCGAGCAAGUUCUUCAUCUCUACAACGAUUGCCAGAAAAACGGGUACUUGAGUUUGUCAUCGAUAUACUGCAAAGGAGAGAUACAUAUGAAAUAUUUGCCCAGCCAGUUGACCCUGAAGAGGUGGAAGGAUACUACAGAAUCAUUAAAGAACCAAUGGAUUUUGGCACAAUGAGGGCCAAACUUCAGGAAGGAAUGUAUACAAGCUUAGAGCAAUUUGAGCAUGAUGUGUUUCUGAUUAGCAACAAUGCAAUGCAUUUCAAUUCGUCGACCACCGUAUUUUAUAGAGAGGCUCGUAGUAUACAAGAACUGGCCCAGAGGGUUUUUCAUGCUCUGAAAACUGAUCCAGAAAAUUUUGUGCUUGAGUUUUCUCUGACAAAAAAACGCCCCGGGAGGAAACCCCAAGGUGAAGCCGCAGGUCCAAGCACUAAGCGCGCUAGAUAUGGCAAGGUGAACAUUGGUGCUGCGCCAAGGAGGAACACCAAAACAGAACGACUGUUUGAUUUGAACUCUCAUUUUGAGCAAAGACAGAACAAAAUUCCUUCUGGAUCUGGAGCUGGGUUUGGAACAGAAAGGCGUCAAACAUAUAAGCCUCCCAGGGAGAAUGAGUCGAUAUUUUCAUCACAAUACGAUCUCCCGAAACCUCUCAUUCAUAUUAUUGAUGGGGAACUUGGGUACAAGGAAAGUCUGAUGGAGUUUGUUAAAGAUUUGGGACCAACGGCUCAAAUGGUUGCCAAUAGGAAAUUAGAAAAAUAUAGGCAGAUUGAAGCUUCAAAUAGUCAGUUCCAGGCUCAAGCCCCUUCUACAAGUAGUACUCCAAGUUGGCUAGUUCCUCCACCAUCUCUCACUCUGGCACCUAAUUAUCUGGAUGGUGUGAACAAUGGUGAAAUACCUCAGAGUAUCCUCCAUAACUUACCUGGGGAUUAUUUAGAUGAUGCCAACAAGCGAUUGGAUGGUCAUGGUGAUGUUUUCAAAGGAGAAAAUGCCCAAACCAGUUGCGGCAUUAAUACCCAUGAUGCUGCCUACAAAGGAAAGAUGGUCUGCACCGAUAGCAGAAUGGACAUGGAUAACACUUUCUUCAGAGGCAUGGUUCCCUCCUCUGACAUAAUGGGAACUAGCGGUGAUCUGCGAAGGGUAAACCCUCACUUCAGUACCAUAAAGGCUGUCAAGAUUGCUUCCCCGGAAGUAGCAGCUUCCAACACACGUGGAAAUAUCGACAUUUUUGGUUCAUCCAAAGGAAAACAAAUCUGCACAGAUGAAAGUAUGAACCUUCUGCAUGGCAAUGAUCGAUAUGAUACUACACAUCAAAAUCAAUAUGGAGAGAUGUGGUACGGUUCACAUUUUCCCCUCUCUGGAAUUGAAAAUACGAACACUCCUGUUGGGGAUGGGAUCACAAACACGUGCGACAAGUACCAGACUAUUGAUAUGAUGGCAGAAUUUAACCAACCACGUAACCAGAUGCAGCCGGAUGAAUUGGCCAACGUGUUACAUUCGAGGCUGCAGGAGCUGAUGUCAGGAAACUCUUCUGUCUUGACUUCACAAGCCCCUAAAGUGUCGGUUCAGGACACUACUUUCUUGAAUAGAUUAGGCUCACAGGAAGAGGGUAGAGUUAACAGAGAACAGGCAGCGCAAUCCCUGGAAUGGCCCCGAUCCACAACUCCGCAAACAAGCCGUGGUUUUCCAAGUGUGCAGAUGCAGCUUAACAAGAACAGACUCGUCGGCCGAAGCACAAUAUUGCGUGAGCGAACACCACACCUGCGAGCAUCACAACUUGUAGCAGCUCAGAAAAUGGCCGUAUUACAUGCAAUGAGUUUCUAUGACAAGGCUACUCCCGAAAGCCACCAAGCGGAGGAUAGUCAACGACAGUCCUCAUCGGAUAAUAGCAAGCAGCUUGAUUUGGCUCUUCAGCUGUGAUCAGUCAAUUAAGCACAGAGCUGGACUCCUAUAUAUUCUGCAAACUUCAGAUAUCAGAUGUUAGACACAAACUCUUCCAAAGCACAUGAAAGAAACGGAUCAAGCUCAAUAAUUCUCUAGCAGCUCGUGGUAUUCCUAUGACCAUUUUAUGAUCAUUCAGUUUGUAAUCCAAAUGACAAAUUCUUAGUUUUUUUUUUUUGGCCAAUCUGUAGUUGUACUGUCUGCACUUUGUUGCUUACCUUUUGUUCCUUAAGUAGUUUACCCGCAGCUGUCUGCAGCAUGGCUGCUUGUGUUUUAAUGGUACCUAACUGGUAUUUUCUCUUGG